GGCUUCUUCCGGAGGAGCAUCCAGAAGAACAUGCUGUACACGUGUCACCGAGACAAGGUGUGUGUGAUCAACAAGGUGACGAGGAACCGCUGCCAGAGCUGCAGACUGACCAAGUGCCUGGAGGUCGGCAUGUCCAAGGAGUUGGUGCGUAACGACAGGAUGAAGAAGAAGAAGGAGGACAAGCGCCCCCUGGAGGUUGAGGUCUACGUUCUGUCUGCAGAAACAGAGCAGAUGAUCGAGGGAGUGAGACGAGCUCAUCAGGGAACCUUCCCCUCUCUGGAGCAGCUGGGGAAAUACACCACGAGCAACAGCUCAGAGCGACGCGUCUCUCUGGAUGUUUCCCUGUGGGAUAAGUUCAGCGAGCUCUCCACUAAAUGCAUCAUAAAGACGGUGGAGUUUGCCAAGCAGCUGCCGGGCUUCACCACGCUCUCCAUCGCUGACCAGAUCACGCUGCUGAAGGCCGCCUGCCUGGACAUCCUGAUUCUGAGGAUCUGCACCCGCUACACCCCGAAUAAAGACACCAUGACGUUCUCCGACGGGCUGACUCUGAACCGGACUCAGAUGCAUAACGCCGGCUGGCCGCUCACAGACCUCGUGUUCACCUUCGCCAACCAGCUGCUGCCGCUGGAGAUGGACGACGCCGAGACCGGGCUGCUGAGCGCCAUCUGCCUGCUCUGUGGAGACCGUCAGGACCUGGAGGAGUCGGACAAGGUGGAUGUUCUGCAGGAACCCAUGCUGGAGGCCCUGAAGAUGUAUGUGAGGAGGAGGAGGCCGGAUAAACCCUGCAUGUUCCCCAAAAUACUGAUGAAGAUCACCGACCUGAGGAGCAUCAGUGUGAAGGGAGCAGAGCGAGUGAUCUCUCUGAAGAUGGAGAUCCCCGGCUGCAUGCCCCCUCUCAUCCAGGAGAUGCUGGAGAACUCUGAGGGUCUGGAGGGAGCUGGGGGAGGGAAGGGAGGAGGAGAUAAGGGAGGGAAGGGAGGAAGUGGAGGAGGGAAGGGAGGAGGAGGAGGAACCAGAGAGGAAGAUAAACCAGAGCUCCGUCUUUCACCAAAACCAGAUUCCUCCUCCAGUCCGAGUCCUUCUCCUUGUUCCCCGUCCUCUCCUCCCCCCUCCAGCUGAAGGUCAGGACCCCUACCUGAAGGUCAUGACCCCCACCUGAAGGUCUACGCCCCCCAGAGGCAUCACACUGCCAUACACCCCUCCACAACCCCAGCAGACUGAGAGCAGGAGGUGUGAGGCAGUGUGGGAGGAAACCCGGACAUACAACCUGCAAAAAGCUGCCUCCUCGUUAUUAUUAUAGGAGCCAAUCAGAGCCCUGGGAUUAAAGGGAGGAAGACUUUAACCCCCCACCAGGAAGUGCGCCGGACGUUGAAGCACAUUUCUGUAGUGGCCAAACGGAGGUACUACAACUACUGUGACGUCAUGUUGGCCCAAAGAUACUUUCCCCCAUUGACUUACAUGGAAAAGUGAAGAGACGUCUGUAAAUCAGCCGAUCAUUUUUCUGUAUCUAAAUAAACUCCCCAGCACGAGGCUUACUGGUUGGAGGCGGGGCUUACUGUCGGGGGCGGGGCUUAAGGGAAACUCCAGUGCUCUAUGACUGUGAAUAGAUACAGAAGAUCCUCGACUGAACACUCGUUUAUUUUCUAUUUCUGUUGCUCAUUCAAUUUAAAGCCUCCGAUUCUCCAUCGUGGUUCUAGAGUCACUUUACUGGGGGGGGCCGUGCUGGGACCAGUUAUUGAAUGAGAGGCACAGUUAGUGCUGGCGACAGAGUUACAUUAUGAUGUCAUAGCGCACAAAGACAUGAAACACCAUCAUCGAUUUUUGUGAACAACAGAAUUUGUGUUGUAAUUGUAGAAGCUGUGUGUCCACACACCCUGGCUCCUGCCUUCAUACCCAGAGCUCUGAUUGGCUGAGGUUGAUGAAAGGUGCAUGUGUAAAUGAAGGAUUAGAGGACAGCCUGAUGAAGAGGAGCAUUAUUUCUGCAUUAUGGGACGUAUAGUGUUCAGAGUCAAUAUCUGUAAUAUAUUGUAAAUAUAAAAAAUCACUGUGAGAGGUUUUCAGACGGA